AUGACAUUGAUAUGCAAGAGAUUGUUUGAUCAUCGUCAAUCAUACCUACACUUCAACGACAACAACAAUGACAUUGACAAUGACAACAAUAUGCCAUUGUACAAUGACUAUGAUAUCAACAAAGUUACAUUGAACUCUUAUAAAAAGAUAAUCAACAAUGACUUUAACAAUGGACCAAAGACCAUACUCAUAUACACCGACGAGCAUUAUGAUGUAACAUCUCUGCCUUGUGAUCAUCGAUUCUUCAUGAGCAGUGACGACGAUUACUUAUGGAAACAAGAGGUGUUGGCGAUGCCUUUCAUCAAGAGUAUAUCAUUCAAUGACUGCCCCGAUCGACCAAUGGAUAAGAAGUUCUGGGACAACAUUGUCGACUUGCUCCAGUCACUGCUCAUUCGCGAGCCCUCUCCAGAGAUACACUUCUAUCAGAUGGCCAAUGGACCAUUGCCCAUCAGACAUGUUCCAAUCACCAGUCUAUCAUUGAAUGAUAAUGACCUGGAUGAGGUUAUGGUCGACACUGACAUGUUCCCGGAAACACUGACCAAUCUAAAUCUGUACAAAGAGCAAUUGGUGACUGGCAACAUCGAUCUUACAUACCUACAAUCACUCAAGUCACUGUACUUUAAGUGGAAGCAGUACAACAAUGACCAGGCUUUGUUGUUGGAUCGAACAGUGUUGCCACCGUCACUCACAGAGCUCCGGCUUGACACGGAACUACCAUCGCUCAAGCUCGACCUCCCACCAAGCGUCACUGAACUCUACUUGUACGGCGACUCCGAGUAUCAUUUUGGUGACAGUGACGAUGACAUCUGCGACCUGCCAUUCAGAAGACUGUGCCUGCAUCCAGACUUCAACUCACACAGCAGUGUGAUGAAUGCGCCAGGCACCAGGUUUCCACAUCUCCACAAGCUUGUGCUCUUGUCGUUUGAUGACAGUGUACUGUCGCACAUCACAUCAAACAGAUUCCCCGUGUUGGAGUACUUGAAGCUAGGCCUGCAGUCACAAGAGUCGGAUGAUGAACAAACGGCACUCGAUCUCUCAUCACUGCCAUCAUCAAUCAAGUCACUGGAAAUCACUCCACGUCGAUCAAUCAGUUUGCUUCCAGCUGGAAUAGAGUGUCUAAACCUCAAGUCAGUCGAAGUGUUCCAGAUGUUGUCAACUAUAGACUGGCACUCGCCCAGUCCAUCAUUGAUCAAAACUCUAACGUUGGACUCUUAUGGACACGAGUUGAAGGUUGGCGACAUCCCUUCAUCAGUUACCAGUUUGAGACUAAUCAAUUUCAUACAACCAUUGAGUAAUGUACUGCUCGCUCUACCUGGUAUACGCAAGCUACUUUGGUAUAGUGGACUCAAGAGUCAUGUCAUUGAAUUGUUGCAACAGUUGCCAACAACUAUACAACAACUCAAGUUAAUGAUGUACAACGAAGCGUAUGAUGAACAGAAGUUCAACCUAAGACGUAUAUCCCCAACAACAUUCAUCCGCAUCGAUGACCAACUUGUACGCUCUGGCUUCAUUGACCUGGAAUCAUUCCAAUCACUCAUUGAACGAACUGUCACAGACUAA